GUGUUUUUUGAUCUGCGGAUUGGUGAGGAGGAUGUGGGCCGUGUCGUCAUCGGGCUCUUCGGCAAGACGGUGCCCAAGACGGUGGAGAACUUCAUGGCAUUGGCUACCGGAGAGGGGAGGGGACAGGAGUUGCCCCGUGGGAAAGGAUUCGGCUUCAAGGGCAGCAAGUUCCACCGUGUGAUCAAGGACUUCAUGAUCCAGGGAGGAGACUUCACCCGUGGCGACGGCACUGGAGGAAAAAGUAUCUAUGGGGACCGCUUCCCCGACGAGAACUUCAAGCUGAAGCACUAUGGCCCUGGCUGGGUGAGCAUGGCCAACGCCGGCAAAGACACCAACGGUUCCCAGUUCUUCAUCACCACAGUGAAGACGCCGUGGCUUGACGGCAAGCACGUGGUGUUUGGCAAAGUGCUGGAGGGCAUGGAUGUAGUGAGGAAGGUGGAGAACACUAAGACGGACAGCCGGGACAAACCCUUGAAGGACGUCGCCAUCGCCGACUGCGGCACCAUCGAGGUGGAGAAGCCAUUUGCCAUCGCCAAAGAGUAG